CUGUGCCAGAGCUCACCCAGCAGAUGUUCGAUGCCAAGAACAUGAUGGCUGCCUGCGACCCACGUCACGGCCGCUACCUGACGGUGGCUGCCAUCUUCCGUGGUCGCAUGUCCAUGAAGGAGGUGGACGAGCAGAUGCUUAACGUGCAGAACAAGAACAGCAGCUACUUUGUUGAAUGGAUCCCCAACAACGUCAAGACCGCCGUCUGCGACAUUCCUCCCCGUGGCCUCAAGAUGGCUGCCACUUUCAUCGGCAACAGCACAGCCAUCCAGGAGCUGUUCAAGCGCAUCUCUGAGCAGUUCACCGCUAUGUUCAGGCGCAAAGCUUUCCUCCACUGGUACACAGGUGAGGGUAUGGAUGAGAUGGAGUUCACAGAGGCAGAGAGCAACAUGAACGACCUUGUGUCUGAGUACCAGCAGUACCAGGAUGCCACUGCUGAGGAGGAGGGAGAGUUUGAGGAGGAGGGUGAGGAGGAGCUAGCUUAAAUGUGUCACUUCUACAAAGCUCUGCUGAAGUUGCAGUGUAAUAACGUUCCAUGUCUAUCCAGUUUUCAGUGUUGUCUGCUGUUCAUGUUAAUAAAAUCUUAUGAGUUUU